AUGCCAGCACAGAAUAGGCCCCAGUUGCAGAGGUGCAAUUUAAGGUUAACAACUGCAUCUGGUAACAAUUUGAAGGUGUACGGGAAGUGCAUUUGUGAUUUUAGGAUUGGAGAUCCAGAUUUUGCACAGGAAGUGGUGGUGGCUAAGUUGGAGGGACUAAGAGGAAUCAUAGGUGUUGAUUUUCUUACAAAGCAUCAAGGGGAGAUAAGCUUUGGAGAAAAAGUCCUCAGGUUAGGCAAAUAUAGGUGUGAUUUGCAACCUGUAGUGGCCACCGCCAGUACUUGUGCUAGGAUACGGGUCAGUGAACCAAUCUCCAUUCCUGAAAACACGGAAUGUUAUUUUCCUGGUUACAUAGAUGGCAAUAUAUCGGGUGAGGAGGGAAUAGUGGAACCUGUUGAGAAGUUUAGUAGUGAAGGGUUGUUACUGGCAAGGAUGUUGGUUCGACCGAGGAAAGGUAAACAAAUAACCUUGUCGGUCCUUAACCUUUCAUCGCGACCUGUCAAGUUACAGGAGAACACCCACAUAGCUACAGUGGAAAGUGUAGAACAUGUAUACCAGGUUGAUGAAGCAGAGAUAGAGAGUAAUGAAUUAGAACCAUUAUCAGAGGGGUUAUCAGUUCAGUUGAGGGAGAAUGAAAAAACAGAAGUGAGACAGUUACUUGUGGAAUAUCAGGAUAUUUUUGCAGGACCUGAUGGGAAGUUGGGCCGUACAGACUUGGGAGAACACCAUAUAGAUACAGGUCAGGCAGAGCCAAUAAAAAUACCAGCGCGUCGAAAAAAGUGCUUGAGGAUGAGCUUGAUAAAAUGUUGGAAAGUAGGUUGA